GCACUUCACCAAUCCUUUGCUAUAAAUUGUGCACUCCCGUUGCUCUGAUGAAUUAUACUCUCUCUCUCUCUCUCUCUCUCUCUCUCUCUCUCUCUCUCUCAUUGCACGCUAUAGCCUAUAGUGAAUUUCUCGGUCUCACACUCUCACUUUCAAGUUCCUAUAACCACCUUCUGACGGUCUGUUAGGCUUGUGUUUCGCAUAGAAGAGAGAAUCAUGCCGUGCUACAGGAUCUGCAAACAAACAAAAGAUUACAACAAUAUGAGAGCACUGAGGAAAUGGUGGGAAGAAUGGGAUCUGAGGAUUCUAAUUCUCUACAUCCUCAUUGCUCAGUUAUACCUUCAUUUCUUCGGACGACUCCGUAGAAAGAAUAAGUCACUGUUGAUGAUGAUUGUGAGUGUUUGGUUACUCUACUUAUUUUCUGAUUUGUUAGCAACAAUUGCUCUUGGAAAGCUCUCCAAGAUCAAAGUUGACGAUAACAGUAAAGACAAUUCCAUCAAGCCAAAGGGACAUUCCAACAAAAUUACAAUGGGCGAAGAAGCGCUUAGGGUAAUGUGGGCACCCCUGGUCUUGUUCUAUCUCGGGGGUCCGGAUACCAUUACCGUCUUACGCGCUGAGGAAAAUCAGUUGUGGAUGAGACACCUCAUAGGACUUUUAACCCAAGGCCUAAGAACAGCUUAUGCCCUGAUAGUAACCUGGAAUAAAGAAGGAUUGUCUCUUCUGGCCCUGCUGGUGUUUGUUCCUGGUAUUAUCAAGUAUGGAGAGAGAGUGUGGGUAGUCAGGUCAAGAUCCCAUGACUACAAGGGUUUUUCUAAGGCAGAUUUAGGCGAAAUAGACAAAAUCAUUGCUUCGCGAGCAGCUUCGCGACCGACUGCGAACCUGGUGCUCCUAGCAUAUUCCUGGUUCCGGACCUUAUUGCCUCAUAAUAGAAGUUACAAGAGUGAUACGACGACAUUGGAAAUUUUGAAAGCAAGGUUUCGUGACUCGGUUAAAAUGGGUAGUAUUGAUGCUUUCAAACUGAUUGAGAUCGAGUUGGGUUUGAUGUAUGACAUGCUCUUCAGCAAGGUAGGCACGAUUUUUACUGUAUGGGGAAGCGUACUUAGAUUUCUUAGCUUCUCUUUGAUUCUUUCUGUGCUUGUGAUAUACAUCACGUGUGACAAGCCUCGCGGGCAUUUGGAAGGUGAUCAUAUUGUAACCGUCAUUCUGUUAGCUGGAGCCAUUUUUUUGGAGAUAGCUGGCAUUAUUGUGCAACUUGUUUCGGAUUGGGCCAUGGUUUGGGCAUAUAAGAAUGGAAGUAAGUGGGCUAAUUGGGUUCUCUUUCUACACGAAAUUGUAAAUUCUAAAAGCCAGAGGUGGUCUGGGUUAAUGGGGCAAUUCAGUUUGCGGGAGUUCUGCGAAAACUACAAGCCUCCUGUGUUCAAUACGAAAUGGGAGAGGCCUUUUGGCAGGGAAAAAAUGUUGAAGAGAUUCAGCUUACAGAAGAGGCCAGACCAUCGCUUGAAAGAUACAAUCAUUCGUCACCUUGUCGAUAAAUCAGAGAAAGCUGCAGUUGGUGAUACUUCACAGACAUCAACUCAGAAAAUCGCAAGUGUUGAUAAGGUGCAGACUUUAACAGAAAGGAUUGUCAUCUGGCACGUUGCUACCGAAGUUUGUUAUGAGUCGGAUCAUCCUAAAAUUUUUGGUAAGGAUGAGGUGAAGCUGAAAGUGGCCAAACUACUCUCCGACUACAUGAUGUAUUUGCUUGUUGCAUGUCCUGAUAGAUUUCCUUUCUGCAAAAACUACCAGAUUGUGCAAGAUUCCGCUGAUAUGAAGAAACUUUUUCACGGAGUGGUAUUGAAUGAGGGCAACACCACCAAGAUGUCAUCACUGGUGAACGGGGCACAAGAACUUGUUCUAGAUAUGAAGGAGAAUCCGAAGAGGUGGGAUAUCAUGGGCAGCAUGUGGGUUGAGAUAUUGUGCGAUGCCGCGACGAAUUGCCCAGUGAAGAACCACAUUCAAGAGCUUCGACAUGGGGGAGAGUUUCUCACCCAUGUCUGGCUUUUGCUAUUGCACUUUGGCACACCGAAGGAGCUAGAGAGAAGCAAGUCUAGACUAAAGGAUGAAAAAGACAGCGGGGCAAAAAGUACCGGUAGUACCGUUGGAGACAUUGCGGGGAAUCAGAUUGACGAGGGUGAAUAUGAUAUACAAGCUGCUAACGAAGACCUUGAGCAGAAUAAAGUUGCCGGUGAUUGGACUUCUUCGAUCCUCUAAUUAAGAAGUUGAGCAGAAUAAAGUUGAGGGUUGGACUUCUAAUUCGAUUUGAUAAUCUAAUGGAGAGAAAUGCUGUAAAUUGUAAUAUUUCUAUUUAUGGUUUGCUUCUGAAGUGUGUUUGUUUUUAGGAAACACUCCCUGGUCUUCUGGUGUAAAAUUUCAGGACCGGUUGGUACUAUUAUGUCUGCAUGUCUCUGUGUGAUAAUAAUAAUGCUGUUUAAUUGCUAAACUAGUGUAAUGAUAUUUCAGUCUUUUAUCA